CAUGCAUUCUUAUAACAUCCUGGCAAAGUAGCUUGUGCCGAGGCGUCUAUUUGCCAGUGGGAAUUUGCCAAAUAGUGUGGUAGGCGUGCCGUACGCCACGGAUGGGGCGGCCUGCUCGCAUGAGUAACCUAGGCGAGACUCCCACAUAGGAAUGCAGGUGCUUAGCUCCAUAACAUGAAGCGUGUUAUAUCCGCGCAGAUGCCUCGCCCGUCGGUAAGGGCACACUAGCCCCUGCCUGACGCUGUAACGCCAAUGCAACUCCAGCUGUUGUCAAGCAGUACUUUCCUCUGAAAUGGUACCCCUCCAGAGACCGCUGGGAAAUGCACAGGCGGUAUACUGUCUAAGCAUGGCCUCAGGUCCAUGUGCCGGGUGCUUGACAAAGAUCCCCGUGCGUGAAGAGUCCGUUGGAUAACCAACGCGACACGACACCAAAGCAAGCCGCAGCUCCCGCUUUCGUGAACGCUACCACAUAUGGUUCAUGUACUUGUACAGAGCGAUGUAAGCGGAGCAGCAAAUACGGAUUUGCCAGCCUAGUAUUGGGCGCCAUUCCUUGGUAGCCAUGGUUGGAUAGCGGCACUUCGCAAUGCAAGCAUAGCACUUCAAUAGGAACGCUCGAGCGAGUAUGUCUCCUAAAGAGCGGCCUUCAAUUGGCGCACAACAAAUUCGAGCGCUGGAGCCAUGCAAGCGUUGGCCGAAGCCACAGGCGGGAAGCAUCAUACAAAGCUUAAGCAGCGAGGAUCACGCAGCAGGCUUCGGCCGGUGUUGCCCGCGCCAAACGGUAGACGUCAAAGCCAUAAAAGAUGCAACCGACGAAAGCGGCUUUCGGGUUCGCUUCCCGGUUGGACUCUGGCUUGCAGCCACUUCCUCCGGGAUGCCCGACUUACGGAUCGAACUGGUGCGGCUGCAGUGGGGCCCCUGCACAGGCACGGCAGGCUUCGAGAGGCCCCACAGGACCUCCCAGCCUUCAGGAAACCUUUGCACCCACCAUCGCGGCAGCUGCAGUUCUGGUAGCCACGGCUGUGCUACUGCCGCGUCCAGCAACGCUUCGGUUGAAGCUGCAAACGGUAGCAUCAAGGACGCCGUGUCCUCUCAGUGCCACACACCAGCAAAGGACUGCGGCAGCAAUCAUGACCGUUGCUGCGGUUCCAGCAAACACGGGUGUAGCAGUCAAGCUACUGCCGCAACCGCCAGCACAAGGCUGUUCACGCCACUGCUGCCGUACCUCUCAACCGCCGGGGCUUUGCUACUGCUUUCCGUACUGCACCGUGAUCUCGUACAGUCGGCGACAGCGACCCUUGGGUCAUCCCUCACGCAACCAGGAGCCUCAACUGUCGCUGCUGUAGCAGCCGCGGCGACGGCAGUAGCAGUCACGGCCACGAUACAAAACCGCAGCUGCUCGUCACAUGCUGCCGUACAACCCGCAGCAGCAGCAGCACCAGCGGUGGCAGCCGUAAAUGGGGAAGCUGCAGGUUGGGGGCCCGGUUGUGGGAAGGCCCCGGUUGUGAGGCCCUCGGCGACAGCGAUGGCAUCAAUGUCGCUGGAGGCAGGCGUCAAGGAGGCGGGUGCAAAGCGAGUCGGCCUGGGCAGACGCAUGGCUGGUAGUGCAAGGCGGCGGCUUGGCGGUGUGGCUGGAGGCGUGGGGCGUGCUGUGGGCUGCGCUUCAGAGCUGUUUCAGCGACUAGCGGUUUCAUCCACGCUGUUAUCGCUGUCCGGCCUUAUCUGGCGCUGUCUGCACGCCUCCAGUGCGGCGCUUGCGGAGGCGGUUGUGGAUCUCCUGACGGUUGGUUUGUCGUACAACUGCCUCGCACGUGAGGCCCAACUGGGCAGGCUGCCGCCCGGUCGCUCCCGUGAGAUGGCCUGGCGGCGGCGUCACAAGGCCGCAGCGCAGCGCCUCGCUCGCCACCUGGCCGACCUCCCGCCCCAGCCGCCCCUAGCACCCGCACUAGCCGCCCUGCAGAGCUGCAGCAUCGCAGCGGGCGUCGCCGUCGACGGCAUGCCGCUGUACGGAGCCCUGGAUUGCUUGACGGCGUACGGCACGCGGGGCGGCGACGUCGCGGGCGGUAUUGCUGGCGGCGGCGUUGGCGGUGGCAGCGGUGGCAGCGCCGCCGGCCAUGAUAACAUGCGGGUUCACAAGGACCGCGGCGGUGAUGGUGGGUAUGUGCCGCCUGGCGGCGGCGGCAGCAGCAGUGGCCCUGGCGGCGGUUGUAAGCUGUUGCUGCGCAUGUCGUACAGGCACCGGAGGCGGCGGCCGCAGCGGCUGGAGGAGCCCGGUGCGCGGGGAGCGAUGCUGCGGCAUGUGGCAACGAGGGAUCCGGCAGGGAUGGCUGGCAUUGCGGGAAUUGACCCGGACGCGCUUGCGGCCGGUGGAGAGGACACAGGGUCCAUGGCGGGAGGCGUUGUUGCAAGGGUGCACGCUACGAUGGCGGCUGCAGUGGCCUCGCCUCCGUCUACACCCAUCGCCACAGCUGCUGUUCCCAUUGUGGCAGCUACGAAUGCUGCUGCCACGCAAUCCGGUACCAGAGCCGGUACGGCACCUCAACCAGGCAGCAGCAACCACCCUACCCGCCCCGCCAUCCCCGAGCUACUGCGCACGGCCGUUUCAGUGCCCAUCGUACCUCCCACAGCCUCCUCGGCACCAGCUGCAUCCCCGCUCCCGCCCUCAUCCUCCACCUGUUCCACCUUUUCUUCCGCAUCCACCUCCUCAACGUCCUCGUCCUCAACUUCAGCAGCAGCCCUAAGGGGCCUGCCCAGGGCAGCAAGCGCCAGCAGCCUGGGAGCGACGGCAGCACAUCCGCCUUCACAGACCUCUGUGCCCGUAAUACUUACACCGUCGCCGCUAGCGCCGCCGCCGCCGCCGCAGCAGCAGCUGUUUUCUUCGUCGUCUGCUCAGCGGGUGCAAAGCGCCGUUGCCAACCUACAGGAGCGUCAGCAGCAGCAGCCACCCGCCAGCACCCGCACCAGCACCACCGGUAUCCACCAUCACAACUCAUACAUCGGCAUCCAGCCGCCGCUGCAGCGAUCGCCUGAGCUGCCCCAAGCCAGCGCCACGCUUCCUCAGCAGCCCCUCCCAGGUCUUGACGCUGCUGCUGAUGGCGGUUCUAGUGGUGGCAGUGGCGGCGGCGGAAUCACAGGGGCUAUGGGUUUCGAACUUCACAAUCUCUCUGCGGCUCGUGCGGCUGAGCUGCUGCAGCAGGAGCAGGCGGAGGUGGAGGCGCUGGGGCUGCCGUUGUACGGCAGGGCAGAUCACGUGCAUUUGGCGGAGCUGGACCGACCCAUGGGUCUGAACGAACGCUUGGGACUGGCUUGCCGUGCCAGCUACCUACUCAUCGUAUUCCUGCCUUUCCUCACCAUUGGCGUCGUACUGCUGCUGCUUUCGGUUGCCUUCAACCGCCGCUGUGCUGCUGGAGGCACGGGCACGAGCACCUUGUCGGGCACUGACGCGGGUGAUGAGCUUCCCGUGGGAGUUAGUAGCAGUACAGCUGGCAAUGCUGCGGACGGAUCUGCUGGUAGCAGGGUCACCAGCCGCGACCCUCAUGCUGACGACCGCAGUGGCAGCCGUGGCGGCAGAGGCAGCAGCGGCGGCAGUGGCAGCAGCGGCGGCCGAUGCAGCCGCUGGCGUGCUGGUGCGGCGUUGGGUUGCCGCCGGCAAGCCUGGAGGCUGCUACUGGUUGGGUGCCGGAGCAGUGGUCCUGCGUUCAUCAAGUGGGGGCAAUGGGCAGCCACCCGCGUAGACCUCUUCCCGGACGAUUUCUGCGAGGCGUUGUCGCAGCUGCAUGACCGGGCGCCCACACACAGCUUUGCGUUUACACGGCGCCAGAUCGAGCGGUCGUUCGGGGUUCCGCUGGAAACCAUGUUUGAGUCGCUGGACCCCCGACCCGUGGCUUCGGGGAGCAUUGCGCAGGUCCACCGCGCCCUGAUGCGCUGCAGCGACGGCACCCCGGUGAUGGCGGCGGUCAAAGUGGUGCACCCGCGGGUGGCGCUGCGGAUCCGGCAGGACUUCACGCUGCUGCGUCCGCUGGCUGCUGCCGCGGGUCGGCUUCCCUCGCUGCGUUCGCUGAGCCUGCCCGAAACGGUGGCCCAGUUCAGUUGCACCAUGACAGCUCAGGCGGACCUGCGAGUGGAGGCGGCGCACCUGAGGCGCUUCCACGCCAACUUUGCACGUGUGGCGAGCCAGGUGACCACUCCUCGUCCUCUGCCUGGUCUGGUUCGGCCCGAGGUGUUGGUGGAAACCUGGGAGGCGGGCGUCAGCCUCACAUCGCUCAUACGCCCCUCGCCUGCACCCUCUGCUGCUUCCUGCGCUCCCACCACCGCGCCCUCUGCUGCCUCCCAUCCCCCUUCGGUUUCGACCUCCACUUCCACUUCCGCCCCUUCAUCGCCCUCGCCGCUAAACACCACGGUGGUGUGCCUGGGGGUGGACACGUACCUGCAGAUGCUGCUGCAAGAUAACUUCGUGCACACCGACCUGCAUCCGGGCAACAUCAUGGUACGGCUAGUGGGGCCAGAUGGCAGACCCCAGCCGCUGACCAAGCACCCGCAGCAGCCCCACUCGCACACACCAGGGCGGCUGCAGGGCGCAUCCAUCUCUGGCGGCAGCAGCAGCGGCGUUGGCAGUGGUUGUAAUGCUGUCAGCGGUCCAGCAGCAGCAGCGCCAGCGCCAGCAAUAGCAGCAGCAACUUCUUCCCCUGCCGUGCAACUGGUGUUGCUGGAUUUCGGUUUGGCGGAGGAGUUGACGCCGUCCGUACGGCAUCACUUCAUCUCCUUUUUGCAACACUUAAUGCGAGGCGACGGUGCAUCGGCGGCAUCCCACAUCCUGCGCUGGACCUCCCGUCCCCAAGCCUGCCCCGACCCCGCCGCCUUCACCGCCGCCAUGGCCUCCCUGGCCGCACGCGCCUGCAACGUGCACAGCGCUGCCGGCAUUGACCUCGACGGCGUCAUGAAAGUCGUACUGCGACUGGCUCGGCUGCACGGUGUUACCAUCGACAGCUGCUAUGCGAGUCUUGUGAUUGCGGUGUGCGUGAUUGUGGGGUUCGCAACUUCCCUGGACCCCGGGGUGAAUCUGGCGGAUGCCGCGGUGCCUGCGCUUUUGGCGCAUGCGUUGACGGGACGAGUCAUGGGGCGGCUGCAUUUGUAGCUAGGGGUCGGGGUUAAAGGAUGCUGGGAUGAUGGACGCAGCAGGUUGCAGCGAGGGCAUGGUUGGGUGGGGAUGGGCAGGGAGGAUGUAUGGAGUAGUGGGGAGAUGCAGGCACAACGUCUUAUCUUUGCGAGAGGUAUGGAGACGGUUGAUUACGAGGGGAGGAGCUGGUAGGGCAGGGCUUGGCUGUGUGCGCAGGAUGCUGUCGGAACGGACGCCUGCAAAACCGGAUAAAUUUAAAUGUAGCAUGGUUUAUUGCAUUUGCCCUUUCCAGGGGACCCGUUCCUGUUUGUUUUGCGGGACGGCCACGGUCCGUGACGUUUCACCUACCUGUACCAGUCUACCGGUGCAACUUCAUACAAAUGGC